AUGGACGGAUCUUAUACAACGAAUAAACUCAGCCGUUCAGGAAGCGGAGAACCUUCUUCAAGUCUUGAUGAAUAUUUUGAAGAAGAAAGCGAAAGUGAAUUUUUUGAAGAACAAAGUUCCGAAAGUUUUGGCGAAUAUUUUCUUGAAGAAGAAGAACAAAGACCAGAGACUGAAGAAUUUGAAUAUCAUCCAAGUGAAAAUAGUUCCAAAAUUUUAGACGAAUGUCCAAGUUUUCAAGGACAAAUUACUGAUUUACAUGAAGUUGUCGCUGAAUAUGAUCGAACACAUCCUUAUAAAUUUGUGGUAAUUAAACCUCCACCCCCAACUUCGUAUUUGGUAGAAUUAGCUAAGAAAAAUAAAGCACGUAUAGAUAAAUUACCUCCAGAAAAAGAGCGUGACGUUGUACCCCAUAUGAAUACAUCACAUAGAGAUAUACGUAGCUUUUCUCGCAAAGCACCGAUCAGCCGUUUGCCACGAGAAUGGCGUAAAACAAUGACCCGACUUCUACCACAAUCCUUAACACAAGCUUAUCCACAAACCGCAUAUCUUCUCUAUAUGGAAAUUGAUAAACAAUAUUGGCAAGCAAAUGCCCAAAUUGCAAUUGACCAUAAAACUCUGGCAUUACCGGGUGAAGUUGUUGCGAAAAAGACAAAAGAUUAUAGGUUUGAAGGACGUACGGAGAAAUAUCCUGAAUUUGUAAAAAUACGUGCCUAUAUCGAAAGAGAAUUGGUUAUUUUACGUCCAUUAUUUCGUAAAGUAUUUAAAAUGAUGUCCGAAAAUGUACCAGAAUCGCUGGUUGAUUUCUCCGAAUUUAAAACGAAUACAAGAUUUACCUUAGAGGAUUUAUCAUUAAGAAUUGCAACCACAUUAUGGAUAGAAAAAAACCGUGUAAUGAGACCUUAUUUAAUGGAGGUAAAAAAAGAUAUCUUACGAACAAUUUACAAAGAAUUUAAACCAAUCACUGCCGAAUAUAUCCGCUAUAUUCACGUUACCCGAAAAUUUAUCGAGUUACGUGCAAUGGAAUUACUGGAACGUACAAACCAAAAUUGUCUUGCAGUUUUAAGCAAUAAACAUCUGAUGCCCUAUAUUAGCUUUUCCUUGAAGUAUGAUGGAAAAUUACAUUUGAAUCCAAGUCUUUCAGAGGUCACACAUUUUUUUCGAAAAAUUCUAAAAACAACAGAAUCAAUAUCAAUUAGAUAUCUACCAGAAAAUCUCUCAACAAGUUCGAAAAAAUUACCAAAACAAACGAUACCAUCAAGAUUUGAGUUAAAUUUACCACAAUUUAUGAUUGAUUCCGCAAAAGAAAAAGUUGAUCAGAAUGUUCGAAAUAUGUUCGAGCCGGUUGUCCAACACAUGCAACAGAUCGAAACAAACUUUAAAGUAUUAUUCGAUGAAGAAAUGGCAAAUGAAAUGGAAGAAUUUCUUAAUGAAGAUCAUACGUUCGAGGAAAUUAAUGGGAAGAUCGAAUUUUUUCAAGAAUAUAAAUCGAAAAUUAAUGAAAUGGAUUAUAAUGUAUUUUUCGAUCUUGGAAUUGUCUAUCAAUAUGGUACUAUCCAAACAUUGCAUAAAGCUGUUGAUGGUUAUUUAAAGAACCUGGUGAAAGUUUUGAUUGAGAAAAACGCCGAAAUGAAUCGACAAAUUUAUAAUGAAUAUGAGAGUAUAAACAAACGUGCGUUAAAAGUUCCGGAAAGUACCGCAGAAUUAGUUGAGCUUGGCAAAUAUAUGACCUGGGUCAAACAAGUCUAUUUAGCUGAGCUACAAACUCAGAUCAAGGACUCUCUACAGCGUAUGAUCAGGUUAGCUGAUCUCACAGAAAUCACUCGGGAUGAAAUUGAAUCGUGUUCCGAAACGCUAACUUGGAUACGAAAAAUUAAACCAAUAUUAGAGGCACACAAUUCGAUGUUCGAACAACGAAAAGCUGAACUAGAAGAUAUAUUACAUGAUACAAUCGCUCAAUUAGAAAAAAAUUUAUUUGGAUUGACACCAUAUUUGAAGUUACUUGAUGAUAUGUCGGAUGGGAAACGUGCACGACAAUAUUGUGAUACGUUACGUCAGAUAACGGUUAAAAUACAAGAUUAUGAGAGGACGGUGAAAUGGAUCAAUCAGGAGGAGGAUUUGUUUAACGUGGCACAAUCUACUUUCCCUGAUUUGGAGGCAUUUAAAAAUAUUAUUUAUCCAUUUUAUGAUCUGGUAUUUUUGAUUGCGAAAUGGUAUCGUAAUACUUCGGUAUGGUUGGACGGGCCAUGGGAUAAUCUUGUGAUUGAGGAUGUUGACGAGAAAGUGGAGGAUGCAUACAAAGGUUUUCAAAAUUUUCAAAAAACAUUUCGAACGAAAAUUCGCCAACAAAUUGUUGAAAAGAAUCCACGACGUUUCAAAGGAUCUUUGGAAGAUAAAGAUAUUAAUAAACAACCGGCCCCAUUAAAAUUAACACAAACAAUGCUGCAAGAAUAUAAGAAUUUUCGCUCAAUACAAAAUAUUAUAACAAUUAUGCGUAAUCCAGCAUUGUUGCAACGUCAUUGGGACCAAAUGAGUGAAUUGGCUGGACAAGAUAUGACACCAAACGCUGGUACCACGCUACGGAAAAUUGUGGAUAUGCACCUUGAUGAGUUUAUGGAAAACUUUGAGAUAAUCAGUAUAGCAGCCACAAAAGAAUUAGCUUUGGUUAGGCUAUUGGCGAAAAUGAAAGCUGAAUGGGUUGAUGUGUGUUUUAAGACAAAUUAUUAUAAAGACAGUGGUGUUAAAAUUUUGACACAAUUGGACGAUGUACAAGCAAUUCUUGAUGAUCAUAUCCAAAAAACGUUAUCAAUGCGUGGUUCCGCAUUUGUUAAGCCAAUUGAACAAGAGGUUAAAGAUUGGUAUACAAAAAUCGAUCGUACGAAUAAGGCAUUAGAUGUUUGGGGUAAAACUCAAAUACAAUGGUGUUAUUUGUUACCAAUUUUCUCGUCCAAGGAUAUUGUCAGCCAAAUGCCUGAAGAAGGUGCAUUAUUCAAGGAAGUCGAUAGAACAUAUAAACGAUACAUGCAAGCGGUUGAACGAGAUCCACAUGUUUUGGAAAUUGCAAGUAGUCCUGGAUUAUUAGAAGCAUUUACCGAAUGUCUAAAAAUGUUGGAUAAAAUUAAUGAAGGUGUUACUGUUUACUUGGAAAAGAAACGAUUAUAUUUUCCACGAUUUUUCUUUUUAUCUAAUGAUGAAAUGUUGGAAAUAUUAUCGGAAACAAAAGAUCCUACGCGUGUUCAACCACAUUUACGUAAAUGUUUUGAAGGUAUUUAUCGAUUAUUUUUCGAUGAAAAUCGUGUCAUCCAUUCAAUGUUCAGUCAAGAAGGUGAAAAUGUUAAACUUUUGGAUCAAAUCGAUACAGAUGCCACAAAUGGGGCUGUGGAAAAAUGGUUAAUCCAAGUUGAAUCACAAAUGUUACGAAGUAUACGAGAGGAAAUCCACCGAUCCAAAGUUGAUUACGAAACAAAAUCACGUCCAAAAUGGGUAACUAGUUGGGAAGGGCAAGUUGUUUUAUGUGUAUCACAAAUAUUUUGGGCCAAAGAAACUGAAUAUUAUUUACGUGCACAAAGUGUUUCCGAUUUAGCAGAAUAUUACGAGGAUUUAGUCAAAGCUUUGAACGAUAUUGUUCGUUUGGUUCGAUCACCAGAAAUGUCGAAUUUAGCUCGAAUCACAGUCAAAGCGUUAAUUGUUAUAGAUGUCCAUGCGAAAGAUGUUAUUUAUAAUAUGGUCCAAAUGGAAAUUGAUAAUAUUAUGGAUUUCCAAUGGUUAUCCCAGUUGCGUUACUACUGGGAGAAUGAUCAAGCUAUCGUGAAAGUUGUUAACGCAUCUGUUCCAUACGCAUACGAAUAUCUAGGUAACAGUGACCGUUUGGUGAUAACUCCGUUAACAGAUCGUUGCUAUCGAACAUUAGUAUGCGCUUAUCAAUUACAUUUAAAUGGAGCACCCGAAGGACCUGCAGGAACUGGUAAAACUGAAACCACAAAAGAUUUAGCGAAAGCCCUAGCCGUACAAUGUGUGGUGUUUAAUUGUUCCGAUGGCUUAGAUUAUAAAGCUAUGGGAAAAUUCUUUAAAGGUUUAGCAUCCUGUGGAGCUUGGGCCUGCUUUGAUGAAUUUAAUCGAAUUGAGUUAGAAGUACUCAGUGUUGUUGCUCAACAGAUUUUAUGUAUUAUUGUAGCCGUUCGUGCAAAUGUGGAAACAUUUUUAUUCGAAGGUACCGUACUAAAAUUAGUGCCCUCGUGCUACGUAUGCAUUACAAUGAACCCAGGUUAUGCUGGAAGAUCUGAGUUGCCAGAUAACUUGAAAGUAUUGUUUCGAACAGUCGCUAUGAUGGUACCAGAUUAUGCGUUAAUUGGGGAAAUCUCGUUGUAUUCAUAUGGUUUUGUGGAUGCUCGGAAAUUAUCUGUAAAAAUUGUACAAACUUAUCGAUUAUGUUCAGAGCAGUUAUCCUCGCAAAAUCAUUACGAUUAUGGUAUGCGAGCUGUAAAGACAGUUUUAUCAGCUGCUGGUAAUAACAAAUUAGCUUCUCCGGAUGAAAAUGAAGAUAUAAUUUUACUACGAUCAAUUACGGAUGUCAACCUUCCAAAAUUUCUCUCAUUCGAUGUACCGUUAUUCGAAGGUAUUAUCUCUGACUUGUUCCCUGGUAUUGUGCUACCAAAACCUGAUUACUCGAAACUAAUGACUGCAUUCCUAGAAAUUUGUGCAAAGAAACAUAUUCAACCUGUACCAGCAUUUUUGGAAAAAAUUAUCCAAACGUACGAAAUGAUGAUUGUUCGACACGGAUUUAUGUUAGUUGGGGAACCAUUCGGGGGUAAAACAACCUGUUUGCAAGUUUUAGCGGAAUCGUUGUCGUGGAUGUUUGAAACCGGUUUGGGGGAAAGCAUUGUUGAGUACCAAAUCAUUAACCCCAAAUCAAUAACCAUGGGUCAAUUGUAUGGACAAUUUGAUGCGGUCUCAUAUGAAUGGUCUGAUGGCGUUGUUGCAACUUGUUAUCGAAAUUUUGCAAUGGAUCCAAGUCCCAAUCGUAAAUGGGUAAUUUUUGAUGGCCCAGUAGAUGCUGUUUGGAUCGAAAAUAUGAAUACGGUUUUGGAUGAUAAUAAAAAACUGUGUUUAAUGUCAGGUGAAGUAAUUGCCAUGACAAAUGUUAUGUCAAUGAUUUUCGAAGUUAUGGACUUAGCACAAGCAUCACCGGCCACUGUUUCUCGUUGUGGAAUGAUUUAUUCAGAAGCAGUUAACGUUGGCUGGGAAGCUAUCGCACAAUCAUGGACCGAAACGACCAACCCAAUUUGGAUCAAAAGUCGUGAAGAAUAUAUAAUGACCUGGUUAAGAUUUUGGAUCCCACCAACGCUUUACUUUGUUCAGAAAUAUUGUGUAAUGUUAUCUUUCGCUGGUGAAAUAAAUUUAGUAAGAUCCACGUUGAAUUUAAUAGAAAUGUUGAUGAAUACAGCAGUUGAACAAUUUCCAGAGGGGAAUAAGCAUUUCAAUGGUUGGAUUCAGGCGAGCUUAAUUACAUCGAUUUCAUGGGGAAUUGCUGGAACACUUGAUGGACAAUCUCGAAUUAAAUUUGAUGAAUUUUUUCGAAGUAUUUGGACGGGACAACAUGAAACACUCAAAUUACCGCUUGAUGUAAGCAUUUCACUUCCUGGAGAUGGGUAUUAUUUAGAUUACUUUUACGUGUAUCGCAUGAAAGGAUCUUGGAAGUAUUGGCCAGAGGAAGUUAAAUCAAUGCCAGUCCAAGAAUCCAAAAGUUUACAGCAAACUUUAGUUCCAACCCUUGAUGUUGCUCGAUAUUUAUUCUUAUUGAAAUUGCAUGUUAAAUGGAAAAAGAGACUGUUAUUAAUCGGUCCAACUGGUACUGGGAAAACAUUCUACGUACAAAAUUUCAUGAUGAAAAAACUCAAAAUGGAUUUAUAUGAACCUUCCUUUAUAACUUUUACCGUACAAAUAAGUGCGAAUCAAGCUCAAGCACUAGUUAUUAGCAAAUUAAAUAAGUGGAAACGAGGAAUAUAUGGACCGGAUAAGGAGAAAGAAGCAGUCAUUUUUGUGGAUGAUAUCAACUUGCCGAUUAAGGAAAUUUAUGGGGCACAACCUCCUAUCGAAUUAUUACGUCAAUACUUCGAUCACGAACACUGGUACGAUUUAAAGGAUACAACAAAAAUAUUUUUGCACCAGUUAUUGUUUUUGGCUGCAAUGGGUCCUGUUGGGGGGAGUCGACAAGAUAUUUACCAUCGAUUUUUACGACAUUUUAAUAUUUAUUCCAUAAAUGAGUUCUCGGAUGAGAGUUUGUUUAAAAUAUUUACAAAUACACUAAUGCAAGGUUUGCGAAAGAACGGAUUUGCAACAGAUGUCAUGAUGAGUGUCAUGUAUAUCGUUAACUCUACCGUGGAUAUCUAUAAACAAUCGAUAGCAACGCUUCGACCUACGCCAGCGAAAUCGCAUUAUAUUUUUAAUUUAAGAGAUUUUGCGCGUGUUAUUCAAGGCUGUGCAAUGAUGCGUAAAGAAACUGCUGGUGAUGAGAAAUCAGUCUUUGUACGAUUAUGGGUCCAUGAAGUAUUACGGGUGUUCUACGAUUGUUUGGUGGAAGAAGAGGAUCGUAAAUGGUUUUUCGAGAGGAUUAAGUAUAAUGUGCGGGAAAAUUUUAAAGCAAGCUUCGAUGCUAUUUUUGAAGCACACGUACCGAAAUUCGAUAAUCAAGUUACGGAGGAGAGCUUAAAAGAUUUAAUAUUUGGUGUAUUCUUGGAUUUGGAUUCACCGCCAGAAGAACGGCGUUACGAGGAAAUGCCAGAUGUUAAAACAUUCUUAAACGUUGCCGAAAACUGUUUAGACGAUUAUAAUAGUUCGCAUAAAACGAAAAUGAUUGUGGUAAUAUUUCGAUAUGUGUUGGAACAUUUAUCGAAAGUAUGUCGAAUUUUAUCAUUACCAUCUGGAAGCGGAUUACUUGUUGGAGUUGGUGGUUCUGGUCGGCAAUCAAUUACACGUUUGGCAGCGACGAUUUGUGGUUUUGGUAUAUUCCAACCAGAAAUUACAAAAAAUUAUAACUUAAAUGAAUGGCGUGAGGAUAUUAAACGAAUUUUAAAAACAAGUGGAGGUUUGGGUAAAGAUUUAGUCUUUUUGUUCAAUGAAGGCCAAAUAAAGGAAGAAGCCUUCUUACAAGAUAUUGACGGCUUAUUGAAUUCUGGUGAAGUGCCCAAUAUAUAUGCCAUCGAUGAAAAACAGGAAAUAUUAGAAUUAACACGACUUGCAGCUCAAGGUGGUAACCGAUCUUUAGAUAUUAGUGCCCUAGAAGUCUUCUCAUUCUUUGCGAACCGUUGCAAAGAAAAAUUACAUAUCAUAUUAUGCUUCAGUCCAAUUGGUUCAGCGUUACGAACGCGUCUUCGGUUGUAUCCAGCCUUGGUGAAUUGUUGCACAAUUGAUUGGUUCGAAGGAUGGCCAGAAGAUGCCUUAGAAAUGGUUGCAGAACGAUAUAUGACUGGUGUCAAUUUACCAGACGAUGUUAAACAUAAUGCCGUUAUUAUAUGCAAAAUGUUUCAUGUGGAUGCUAGAGAUUAUUCGGAUGAAUUUUAUUUGAAUUUUGGACGUAAAACUUAUAUAACAUCGGCAUCGUAUUUGGAUUUAAUAAAAUCAUUUACGACUUUAUGUAAUUUAAAACAGGAGGAACUUUUAUCAAAUCGAAAUCGUUACAUAAUUGGUUUAGAACAACUAGCGUUUGCCGCUGAACAGGUAUUAAUCAUGCAAAAAGAUUUGGAGGAAUUCAGGCCAAAAUUAGUAGAAAUGGCUGCCAAUUGUACCGAAAUGAUGAAAAUAAUUGAAACUGAAACAGCUCAGGUUGAACAAGCAGGUGCUUUAGUUAAAAAAGAUGAAGCGAUUGCAAAUAUUCAAGCGGCAGAAGCUACAGAGCUAAAAAAUGAAUGUCAAGCUGAUUUAGAUACAGCUAUGCCAAUUAUGCAGGAGGCUACCGCAGCCUUGGAUGUGUUGAAUCCGAGUGACAUAACAAUGUUAAAAUCUAUGAAAAAUCCACCUGAAGUAAUAAAAGUCGUUAUGGCUGCUAUAUGCGUGUUAAAAGGUAUUCCGCCAGAGAAAAUUCCUGAUCGAUCAACGGGACGAAGAAUCUUAGAUUAUUGGGGUCCAAGUAAACGAAUGCUCGGUGAUAUUCGAUUUUUAAAUUCAAUUAAAUAUGAAUUCGAUAAAGAUAAUAUACCUCCAGCAAUUAUGCAAAAAAUUCGAAGUGAAUACUUAACGCAUCCUCUGCUUACCGAAAAAAAUGUGGAAAAAGCUUCACUGGCUGCUGCCACUCUAUUUAAAUGGAUGCUUGCCAUUAAUCAAUAUGAUAUAGUAGCAAAAAUAGUUGCUCCAAAAAAGGAGAAAUUACAAGAGGCCGAAGAACAAUUAAACGCAACAAUGGAAAUUUUAGUCCAAAAACAAACAAUGCUUAAGAAUUUAGAGGAGAGAUUAGCCGAUUUAAAUGAUCAAUUAACAAAAGGUACAGCGGAAAUGAAACGGCUAACUGAGGAAGUUCAACAUUGUACAAAGAAAUUAUUUCGAGCUGAGAAACUAAUCGGUGGAUUAGGUGGAGAAAAAACACGAUGGGAACAGGCAGCUGAACAAUUAUUACAAACUUAUAAUUCAUUGGCAGGUGAUAUUUUGGUAUCAUGUGGUAUAAUCGCAUAUCUUGCACCAUUCACUCUCAAUAUUCGACAAAAGGCAAUCGAAACUUGGUUCGGUUACGUUAAGCAAUACAAGCUACCAUGCUCUAACAAAUUUAGUAUACGGGAAGCUUUAGGAUCGGAUAUUAAAAUCCAAUCGUGGUAUAUACACGGACUACCAAACGAUAGUUUCUCAACAGACAACGCGAUUAUUAUGGAUUCCUCGAAACGAUGUUCUUUACUAAUCGAUCCACAACGUCAAGCAAAUCGUUGGAUCCGUACAAUGGAGAAGAAAAAUCGGUUAUUAUGUGUUAAAUUCACCGAUGGUAAUUAUAUGAAAAUAAUUGAGCACUGUAUCGAAUUUGGAUUACCGGUUCUAAUCGAAAAUAUUUUAGAGACGUUAGACGCCCCAAUUGAACCGAUUAUAGAACGUAAAACAUACUUUCAACAUGGUAGCGAAUUUAUUGCAUUGGGAGAACAAGUUUUAAAAGUGCAUAAAAUGUUUAAAUUAUAUUUAACAACAACAUUACGUAAUCCUCAUUAUUUACCCGAAGUUUUUAACAUGGUAACGAUUAUUAAUUUUGCGUUAACAAUUGAAGGUCUUGAAGAUCAAUUGUUAGGUAUUGUUGUUGCAAAAGAACGUCCUGACUUACAAGAAUUACGAGAAAAAUUGAUUAUCGAGAGUGCGGAAAAUAAGUCGAAAUUAAAAGAGGUUGAAACAAAAAUCUUACGUACAAUGAGUGAAACCGAAGGGAAUAUUCUAGACGAUCAAACAGCGAUUGAUAUCUUGGAUUCAUCGAAAAAAUUAUCUGAGGAUAUUAUUAAAAAACAAAUAUCCGCUAAAGAUACAGAAGAGAAAAUCGAAUUAUCUCGAGCAAAUUAUAAACCUAUGGCGAAACAUUCAGCUGUCUUGUAUUAUACAAUCUCUGAACUCCCAAACGUUGAUCCCAUGUACCAAUAUUCUUUGGCUUGGUUCAUUAAUUUAUACAUGAUGUCGAUCGCGAAUGCUAGCAGAUCGAAUGAUCUAGAUAAAAGAUUAAAGUUCUUGAUAAAUACAUUUAACUAUGAUCUCUACCAAAAUGUCUGUCGAUCGCUAUUCGAGAAAGAUAAAUUAUUAUAUUCAUUUAUUCUGUACAGUAAAAUUAUGAUCUCGAAAAAUAAGAUCGAUGCAAGAUUGUACAUGUGGUUCCUUACAGGUGGUUCGAGUUUAAAGGUUGAUUACGAGAAUCCAGCAUCCGAGUGGUUAAAUGAUACGUCGUGGACUCAAUUAUGUCAAAUAGAUGAAUUCAGUAGUAGUUUUACAGGAUUACGGGAAUCAUUUCUUCAAAAUAUUUCAGCAUGGCAUGACUAUUAUGAUCUAACAAAUCCGCAAGAUGUGAAAUUCCCAGCACCAUGGAAUGAAAAAUUAAAUUCAUUUGAAAAAUUAAUAUUAAUUCGUAUUAUUCGACCGGAUAAAACAAUGGUCAGUGUAUCGAAAUUAGUUGCAAUGGAAAUGGGAGAAAAAUUUGUUACUCCACCUCCGUUCGAUAUCGCUAAAUCGUAUGGUGAUUCAAGUUCUCAAUACCCGUUAAUAUUUAUUUUAUCUCCAGGAGUUGAUCCAAUGUCUUCGUUACAAAAUUUCGCGGAAAAAAUGGGUUUUGAAAACAAGUUUAAAUCAAUAUCCUUGGGACAAGGACAAGGACCAAUUGCUACACAAAUGAUUGCCGAGGCUCAACGUGAAGAACAUUGGGUGUGUUUACAAAAUUGUCAUUUAGCAGUGUCAUGGAUGCCAAAGUUAGAAAAAAUCGUUGAGAAUUUCGAUGAUUUGAAUACACGGGCAGGAUUCCGGUUAUGGUUAACCAGUUAUCCAUCGGAUAAAUUCCCGAUUCCUGUUUUACAGUCUGGAGUGAAAAUGACAAAUGAACCACCACAAGGCUUAACGCAAAAUAUUCUUAAAUCGUUUACAACGGAACCGUUAAAAGAGGAAGAAUUUUAUGAUGGUUGUCCAGAAAACAGUAGAACCUUUCAUAAAUUACUUUAUGGUCUCGCAUUUUUUCACGCAAUUGUACAAGAAAGACGAACUUAUGGAUCGAUUGGAUGGAAUAUUGCUUAUGGAUUUAAUGAAUCUGAUUUCCAAAUAUCUGUCUUACAAUUACAGAUUUUUAUUAAUGAGUACCCGGAAGUGCCAUAUGUGGCGAUAUCGUAUUUGGUUGGGGAAUGUAAUUAUGGUGGACGAGUCACAGAUGAUUGGGACCGACGAUGUUUAAAUACAAUAUUAAUUGAUUUCCUAAAUCCAAAGAUUGUUGAUGAUCCACGAUAUAUGUUUGUAAAUGAUUUUGGACCGGCAUAUGGUGUCCCAAAACACACAGAAUAUUCCAAGAUCAUUGAGUUUAUCGAACAGCUUCCAUCUGUACAUCCUCCAGAAGUGUUAGGUUUACACAUGAAUGCUGGUAUUCGACGUGAUUAUAAGGAUUCAAUGAUGUUAAUUGAUUCGGCAGUUAUGGUCCAAGGAAAAGGUGGAUCUGAAGGUGGGGGUGGAGAAUUUGAUAUAUUAGGGACGAUCGUCUUGGAUAUUUUAAAUAAAAUACCAAAACCUUUUGAUAUGGAAAUAGCUUAUCAGAAAUAUCCUACACUUUAUACGCAAUCUAUGAACACAGUUCUUUGCCAGGAACUGUUGCGAUUUAACAAGUUAUUAAAUGUAAUGCACAAGUCUUUGGUCAAUAUAAACAAGGCAAAUCAAGGUCUAAUGGUAAUGUCACCUGAUUUGGAAGUACUAGCGCAUACGCUAGUUUUAGGAAAAAUUCCAGCAGCAUGGGCUAAAGUAUCGUAUCCAAGUUUAAAAUCAUUAUCCGGCUAUGUAACGGAUUUUUGUGAACGUAUACAAUUCUUACAAAAAUGGAUUGAUAAUGGUAAACCAGAUAGUUUCUGGUUAUCUGGUUUUUAUUUUACCCAAGCGUUUUUAACGAGCUCAAAACAGAAUUAUGCACGAAAGUAUAAGAUUGCAAUAGAUCAAUUAGUUUACGAUUUUGAGGUGUUGGAUUCGGAUGUUGGUGGAAAUCCACCGCCAGAUGAUGGUGUUCAUUGCUAUGGAUUAUUUUUGGAAGGUGCUCGAUGGAAUACAAAUCGUUAUUUGGAUGAACAAAAACCAAAAGUUUUAUAUGAGCCGUUACCAGCAGUGUGGCUGUUUCCGAUUAUGUUAAAAGAUUAUGAUGAGAAGGGCAGAUAUGUUGCGCCAUUGUACAAGACAUCUGAACGAAAAGGUGUUUUAUCUACGACAGGUCAUUCUACCAAUUAUGUGUUACCAUUUUUGUUGGAAACGAAAAAACCAACCACACAUUGGGUUAAGCGAAGUGUUGCCUUAUUAUGCCAAUUGGAUUAAUGU